AUGUUACUAAUAUUACCUAAAAAAUAUUUUCAACUAUGUUCAUACCAUAUAUAUAGAAUAAUAAUCAAAUAUAUAUCAAUAGCUACACUGCAAAAGUCUGCUCUUAUGUUCAAUAGGCCUCAGAGAGACCUAGGAUGUUUAAUAGCGUUCACAAUUGAGCUUUUUCUCCUGUCGGGGUCAACAACAGCGAUUUGUCAUAAAAAUAUCCUUAUCUAG